AUGUACAACAGUGCUAACGAAGUUUUCGACGGUACCUUUCCGACAAAUGUAGUUGUUUUCCAUAACGGUGAAUGCUUCUGGGUGCCUCCGGGCAUGUUCAAAGCACAUUGCAAAUUAAAAUUCGGCUCCUGGACACAUGACGGUCGUUUUCUGGACCUUCAACUGGAUAACCCCGAUGGCGGAGAUAUAUCUAGCUUCAUUCGUAACGGUGAAUGGAAAUUAAUUGCAAUGCCUGUCGAAUUGAAUGUGGUUUCAUAUGAAUGCUGUCCUGAAAUCUACCUGGACGCAACUUAUACGAUUCACAUCCGUCGUAGGACUUUAUACUAUGGCUUCAACAUCAUCAUACCGUGUGUGCUCAUUUCUGCACUGUCUCUGUUAUUAUUUAUUCUCCCUCCGGACGCUGGAGAGAAGAUUUCAUUAGGUGUAACAAUCCUUCUGUCUCUCAUGGUGUUCCUGUUACUGGUAGCCGAGACAAUGCCUCCCACGUCUGAUGCUGUGCCACUUAUUGGUGUUUACUUCGCCUGUAUUAUGGUGACCUGUUCCGUAUCUGUAGUUCUUACAGUAUGGGUGCUUAACUAUCAUCACCGCAGUCCAGAAACACAUACGAUGCCGAACUGGGUGAGAAAAGGAAUCUGCGGUUGGUUAGCCUACGUCCUCCGCAUGAGUCGCCCAGGUAUCGAACGUGUACGCAUGCCUAAGAAGCACACCGUCCAGAAUUCUCGUGCUCAGGAUAUGAAGCUGAUUGAGCGUUCAUCGAAGAGUCUGCUGGCCAACGUGCUAGACAUUGAGGAUGAGAUCCGACCGGACAACCCAAACGGGGGCGUGAAACCUCCUUUACCCUUGAUCGCCGACAAUGCCGGACGUGGAGAACUGAUGGCCAUCCUAAAAGAAAUACAAAAAAUAACACGGAAAUACAAAGCUGAUGAGGAUGAUGAGGAGGUCAAAGGCGAUUGGAAAUUCGCUGCCAUGGUCAUCGAUCGCCUCUGCUUAAUUAUUUGUGGCUUAUUCACUAUUUUGUCUACCAUUAUCAUACUUGCGUCUGCACCACACCUGUUGGCAUAG